AUGUCAUCAUCGUGGAUCCACACGCUGGCUUCCAGCCUUCUUUUGACUAUGAUGGUCAUAAGGACUGCUAUUGCCAAAGAGAAUUUCAAGUUGCGGCCUUUCGAAAUCGACCUCUCCGACAGAGUACCUCGAAUGAUCCGUCAGAUUCAGGAAUCUCACCUUCCCCAGACGCCUGUGUAUACAGAUACCGGGACAUCUGCAGGCAUCACCCUAAGUGACUUGAAGUCUUUCAAACAACAAUGGUUGACAAGCUUUGAUUGGAAUCAAGAGCAAACCUCUUUGAACAAGUUUAGCCACUAUACAGCAGAGAUCGAGGGUUUGACCGUGCAUUUCAUCCAUGAAAAGUCCGGCGCAGCAGAUGCUAUCCCUCUGCUCCUGAUUCAUGGUUGGCCGGGUUCUUUCCUUGAAUUCAUUCCGUUGAUCAACGAUCUUACCAAGACUGCAAAGAUCAAGUCUGGAAAGCUUGUUUCAUUUGAUGUUAUUGUACUGGACUAUGAGGAAUACGCCACCUUCGGCACGGAUUGGGGCAGUGGCGUUGCGUAUAGCCUGUACGAUCAGUGGAAUACGACUGUCAGGGCAGCACAUCUAGACUUCCUCCCAUUCUACCCCUUGAGUUCGGCCGAGUUGGCCGCUGAGAACAUCACUCUCACAGGGCUGGAGGAUUUUGAAGAGGAUGUGACUAUUACAUGGAGUAACGAAGGGACUGGAUAUUUCAGUGAGCAGACCACAAAGCCAAAUACCAUCGGUCUGGCUCUUUAUGAUAAUCCCAUUGGGCAGCUCGCGUGGAUCGGGGAAAAAUUCAUGAACUGGUCCGAUCCCGAUGCUGGGCAUGCACCUUCAGUUCUUACCAGGAACGAAAUUCUACGCAGUGUUUCUCUAUACUAUUUGACGGAAAGCUUUGCAUCCUCAGUGGUGAUCUAUGCACAGAAUCCUAACGGAUUCAGCACUGUGUAUAGCAAGGCUUCGAAUGAUGCCCCGUUGCUUUUUAGCGCUUUUAAGUAUAAUCCCGGAUUUUGGCCACCUGCGCUAGUGGCUAAGGUUGGAAACCUAGUUUAUUACAAAAAUCAUGGAUUUGGGGGCCACUUCCCGGGGCUGGAUAAUCCUCCUGCUUUGCUACAAGAUUUGCGAGAAAUUGGCAGCUACUGGGAUGUCAAUAAUUGA